CGACUGUAGGCAGGAUUAGAAUAUUCAGAUCUGCUAUGACCGUAUCAUGAGUUUCCCAGAGGGGUAUGAGACGAAGGUUGGGGAGAGGGGCGUGAGACUGAGUGGAUGUGAGAAGCAGCGCGUGGUAAUCGCUAGGACCAUAGUGAAGAAUACGAGGGUGCCGCUUUUGGAUUAGGCUACUAGUGCGUUGGAUGGUGCGUACAGGGAGCUCCUUCAACUUAAUGGCCUCUUUGCAUCCAUGUAGCAGGUCAGAUCAGCGCGUCCAAAAAUCCCAGCUGGAUACAACAUCGAUGACGAUGCACCCGUCGUCGGCAUUCCCGAAUUUGAAACGCGCAGCACAGCAGUCGAAGAGCGCAUAGUCGUUGAUUCUCCCCAAGUCGUUCUAGCAUCCCUACAAGCCAAACCACAUGUACCUAUAUCAUCCCCCGUAUCCGACGAUGCACCCCAAGCCUUCUCAACGACAGCACCCACGUCCGAUGCGCCUUCCAUUCACAGUUAUCCAGAGUGUUCAGUCGUACCUGCGCAUGGACAAGACGCGAGUGUUACGUUUGGCGCAUAAGUGACCACGCCUCCACGGACGGGUUUCCCUGCACAUAAGAGAGCGCUUUCGACGCAUAAUUUCCAGAGACUUGCGAGAAGAUAAGUCUCAGCGGUGAAGCUCCGAAAUUGCCUGGGGUUUGACACCGGGACGUGAGCUUGCGAGAGGCAAGUAGUAUGACGAGCAGCGGGAGUGGUGGUACCAUGGUCUGGGAUGUUGGUCUGUUGCAGUGGGCAGGUGGAAUUCUAGCGCUAGAAUAUAGAAAGGAGAAUGAAGACACAAGUCAUGCAAUUGAUGAUAUGAAUUAUAUAGUAGAGUAUGUAGUACCAACUCAGAUGUGCAACAUAUCCUCGA